CCGCGCGUGGCAGCGAUGACUUGACGUAAUGUCCAACCUUGCGGAGAGAGCGCAACAAACAUGGCGACAGAGCGGAGUGGACAGGGGUGUCUUCUAACUUUCAUAGUGUUCCUCUGGAGCUCUGUCGGCGGGCGGACGGAGACGUCGAGCCCCGGCUCCAGCAGUCAGAUCCUGGGCAUGCGGCUGGAGAGGAGCGACAAAGCGGCCAGCACGACGGAGGACGGGCUCAUCCAGGUAACGGAGGAGAGCAGCGUCCUGCUCAGGUUUUAUGGGGUGCACCUGAGCCCAGACUCAGCAUCCCACAUCAGGUUCACGGAGUACGUGGAUACGGAGGACAGCGACGCUGACGAAUUAAACAGGACUUGUGAGGAUUUCACCAAAGACCUGAGCAUCAGCACCUUCAUGAACGUGAGCAACAGAGGAACAUCAGGUCUGGUGAGUGUGUAUGUGAAGCCACUGCGUAAGAGUGAACGAGAAAAGACCUACAGUCUAUGUGUCAGGCAGGGUUUGGGAGACAGAUGGGUCCAGCUGGGUGAAAAUGAUGGAAGAUUGUUAGUUGUAGAGGAGAAAGAAUCUCUUCUACCGCUUUGGCUCCAAAUCAUCCUGGUUUCAGGCUUGCUGGUGCUGUCUGGCAUGUUCAGCGGACUCAACCUGGGGCUCAUGGCGUUGGAUCCAAUGGAGCUUCGCAUUGUGCAAAGCUGUGGAACUAAUAAGGAAAAGAAGUAUGCACGCAAAAUCGAACCCAUUCGAAGCAAGGGCAACUAUCUGCUUUGCUCUUUAUUGUUGGGUAAUGUGCUGGUCAACACAACUUUGACGAUCCUGCUAGAUGAUUUGAUUGGGUCGGGGUUGGGAGCCGUGGUGGCAUCUACUGUUGGCAUUGUCAUAUUUGGUGAAAUCGUGCCACAAGCGCUCUGCUCGCGCCACGGUUUGGCCGUAGGCGCCAACACCAUCAUGUUGACCAAGUUUUUCAUGCUCCUGACCUUCCCCUUGUCGUUCCCCGUCAGUAAGCUUUUGGACUACAUUCUCGGGCAGGAAAUCGGCACCGUCUACAACCGCGAGAAGCUGGUGGAGAUGCUGAAGGUCACCGAACCCUACAACGAUCUGGUCAAGGAAGAGCUGAACAUCAUACAAGGUGCUCUGGAACUCAGAACCAAGACGGUUGAGGAUGUGAUGACGCCACUGAGCAACUGCUUCAUGAUUCACACCGACGCCGUGUUGGACUUCAACACCAUGUCUGAGAUCAUGGAAAGCGGCUACACGCGGAUACCCGUGUAUGAUGCCGAGCUCUCCAACAUCGUGGACAUCCUGUACGUCAAAGACCUGGCCUUCGUCGACCCCGACGACUGCACCACGCUUAAAACGGUCACCAAGUUCUACAACCACCCGGUGCAUUUCGUCUUCCACGACACUAAGCUGGAUGCCAUGCUGGAGGAGUUUAAAAAAGGUUAGUGGUUGUGUUUUAU